AUGGGUUGCUACAAGGAGAGCGUACUAUGGCCUAUUUCUGGAUACACUAUAAUGAUUUGGAUAGUCGACGAAUUGAUACAUAAUUACUAUUUACUGAAUUUGCUAAAAUUAUCACUACUUAAACUUACUCACAACAAAAAGUAUCGCUUUAAUAUUGCCUUAUCAGUCACAAACCCUACAAAGUUUUGCGAAGAAUUCAUAAUAUGUAGUGAAAAAAAUAUAUGCGCUUCCCUUAGGUGGGUCAAGGCAUUUGAACAUUUGGAAAAACCUGAAACAGCCCUGAACUUUGAUUUUAAUCAGUUCACUUCAGACAAAGCUUUUGAAAUCUAUUUGUUUGUCCCAACAACAAUUCUCUACAAAUUUGGGGACGACAGUUGUUCACCGGAUAAAAUAACACACUUCAGUACCAAGACAUCUGUUCACAUCAGACUUAUAGUUUCUGAAAAAACUGGUGUUAACGAACAUGUACCAUUUUCUGAAACUGAUGCCUUUGGAGUUGAAAUCCUUAAAAGUAUUUCUCAGUUAGCAUCUGGAACAUUUGCUAUCGUUCGAUUAUGUUCAUUUGUCAAAACAUGCUCAAAUGGCUGCACCACGUGGUUACUGGGCAAACACCAACGUGGUUCUAAUCAUAUGAAAACAUCAAAACGAUCAAAGGAAAUACAAAUUCAUAUGUUGUCAUUUAUUAAUCAUUCACAGCCCAUUAAAUUACCCUGUGGAAAAGUUUACGUUGUGAGUGAUUCUAUAGAGCAUGAGCCUGUGUUAAUGAAACCAACACUGUCAGCUUCUUCUGAAUUUACUGAUAGAUAUUUUAGACCACAAACGUGCCCCAAUUCUUUCAGUACCUCCGAUUGUUGUAUUCAUCCUCAUUUGUGGUCACGUGUAUUUGUGAAUGAAAAACUAGUAAAUGAUUUAAAUCGUAGAAUUUAUGAGUCAGCUAAAGACGAAGCGAACUCAAGAAAAUGUUUAUUUAACUGGUUUACUGAUGAUUACGGUCAAAAAUCAAGUCUCCUUGACAACAAAAAGGUGCUAGCAAGGAGAUCAUCAGACGGUCAUUACUACCUUGGGUCAGUUCAAACUGUCAAAUCCCAUCUACCUGUGGAUCAAGUUUUUAUACGAUUCGGUCCUAUACACAAUUUAACAAGCUUUGAUUUGCGAAAAUCCAGAUCAACUACCUCGAAUUCGGAUACAUUUCAUUAUGAAUGGCUUGAUAUAACAGAAAUCAUUGACUUAGAGCACGCUAUCAGACACUCAAUUGAACCAGGUGAUUGUGUUCUUGUACCCUACAGUUGGCCCUUUCCAAAGUGUCCCAUCCUUAAUGUGGAAAAACCAUCUAGUUUUGAGAAUCUCCGUUACUAUGCAGCUAUCGUAGUUUCUGGUCGAGAACAAAGAGCUGACAAGUUAACUAAAACUAAACAUUUCACAGAUGAUCAAAAACUUUUGGUUGAAUUAGCUAGUUCGAACACUCGUGUUGGUCAUAUUUAUGUUCCAAAGCAAAAAGCUGUUUGGAUUUCACCAAAUACUUAUCAACGAAUUGUAUUAGAACAAUAUAUGACACCAGAAUGCAGAAAAUGGUUAAAAAAUAAAACAUUUCUUCCAAAUAGUUAUCCAUUUCAAUCAGCUCCAGGUUAUCCUGCUGAUGGAUUUGGUAGAUUUAAAUUAUAUAAAAAUAGCCUUCAGUCAGAUUUACACAUUCAACCGUUGACUUUUCAACAGUUCAGACAUGGAGCGGAUGUUCAAUUUGAAUAUUGUCCAUCACUUCAAUGUUGGCCUCUCUAUUCAGUCGUGAAUGAUUUAUUACCAGUAACUAAUGGGUGCCCCGUUUGGUGUGAUAACGAAACAACAAGCAAAAAUUUAAUAAAAUUACCCACUAGUAAAGUUUCAAAUAAUCAUUUUCAGUCAUCUGGACCGAACUGCGAACAGAAUUUUGAGCCUAAAUUAGUGUAUAGGUCACGCAACAAACAUUAUCAAUUAAGGUAAAGAGAGAAAUAAUUUUGCUUAUGAUAAUAUGUUUAUUAUUCUAACUUUACUUCUAGACAUUUCUAUCUAGUUUAACACUAUUAUGUUUUUAAAAUAAUCUUGUGCUGAAAUACAGAUGAAAGUUGACUAUUAUUCCAUAAACUAUUUACUAAACUUACGUCCGAAAAUUAGUUCUUUUUGUUUUCUAUUGAAUAUCAAAAAUACUCUUAAACACUUAUUGUAUUUAUAGAUGUUUCUACAUGUUAAAAUAUUUGUUUGUUUUCGUAGUAUGCCUUUUGUGUGAGUGAAUUUGAAAU